UCCACAGACUGUUGAGAUUUGAAGACUGAUUUUUAUUCUCUCUCUUCCUUUUAAAGAUAAUAGGGAAGUUGGAUUCAGCUACUGAUGGCUAAUUGCAUUGGAGAAUAACAGACUGUGUUAUCAAACUCUCGAUGCAAAACUUGGAUUUACAGAUUUCCUUAAAAUCAAAUAAGCACUUUUUUUCACAUGCAUGGUGGAAAUGCUGCAAAAACUCAAAAUGAGUUCUGAAUUACUCACCAAUCAAAACAUCAGUGAAAGUGAAAUCGAAGGUUUUAGCAUGAGCCAAGGAUCUCCAUUACCUGGGGAAACUGCUAGCCCCGAAAACUAUUCUCAACAGAGCCCAUCUUUGCCAGCUUCUGGAUUAACCGAAUUUAAUGUUGUGGGUCCCAAGAGCUGUCAUAUUCCCCGAGUAAAAACCCAAGUGAUGUCUGCUCUCACUGACUCCUCACUUAGCACCAUUCCUUCUCACAAGCAGUAUGUUGGUGUGAGGGUGAAAAUGCCAGUGCGGGAGCUGCUUAGAAAAGUCCGGCUUUCCAAAGGGAUGGACCCCAGUGACAUAGAGGAAGCACAAUCGUUAAGAGCAACUGCAGGCAAAGGAUCUUUUGCAACAUCAGCAAGAAGAAGAGCUCACCCAUAUUCAGAAAAACAGCUUGGACAGAAAAAACAAUGUCCCGAGCAAGCACUAAAAGGCUUGGAGGACCUUGAUAUCCUGGUUGAGGUAUUGGAAGAAGAUUUGAACAAGAGCCACUCUAAGCGAGAGUCUGAGAGUCCUCUGCUAGCUUGCUGCUCGCACAAAUUCUCCCCUAAUCUUCCGUCCUCUGGGUGGGAAGCUAAAGGCAACAAACAAACAGCUGUCAGUUCACUGGAAAGGAGCCAGAACCUGACCAAAUUACAGCCACGCUGCCCAUUUCCUGAUUGCAACCCACAACUAUGUGGUCAGGCAGAGAAUUCAUAUUUGUCCAAUUAUAAAAUAAUGCAAAACCUGGGCACUCUGGACACUUCACUUCAGAGUAAAAGCGAGGAAGAGAACAGCUGGCCGAUGCAGGAUGCUUUUAUGAGUCCCCACAGACAUUUCCCGGGGCCUUCGGCACAGGACAGAUCUUUCUGCCAUAAUCCAUCUGGAUACCAUCCAGAGGAGUUCAUGGAAGUUGGUGUAAACUCCCGGGACUGUGUGGGACAUUUGAAGUCAACUUCUGUUUCCUUCGAACAGCAGGACCUUUCUGCCCUCUCUUUCUUCCAGUUCCAACUACUCUGGGAGGAAAGUCUCCUGAAAAAUAUCCCAGUUGACAAGCUGCUUGCACUUGAUCAAAAUGGGAGCAGGCUCCUGCACAAAGCUGUCACUCAAGGAAGGAGAGCACUGGCUUAUGGACUUGCAUGGAGAUUUGCAUCUCUAAACAAAAUUGAUGAGAAGGAUGCAGCAAAACGGACAGCAUUACAUCUAGCUGCUGCAAAGAACCAGCACCUGAUAGUCAAUGAUUUGGUUGCUCUGGGAGCCAAUGUCAAUGAACAGGACAGUUCAGGGAAAACACCACUCCACCUAUGUGCAGAGAACGGGUACUUAAGCGUUUUAGAAGUUCUGAAAAAAUGCAAAGAAAGCGGCAUACACGUGGAAGUGGAUAUAACUGACCAUUACGGUUUAACACCAUUUCACUGUGCAGUUGUUGCUCACACGACAUUAGCGAGGGAGUCUCAAAAAACCAUCAUCCACAGUGACAUGCGCAAGUUUCUGCAGCUGCGCAAAGAUCAAAUUCUUGAGGGGAUUCAUAUUUUGUUGCAAAUGGGAGCAAGCCCUUGGCUGCAGGGCUGUAGCUUGCUGAAUGUACUAAGCGGAGUGACACUUCAAUGUUUACAAGAAAUUUCUGAGCUUCUUUCCUCUUCAUCUUCAAAUGGCUUUGGCCAUGUUGUUAAAGGCUCCGCAGCUGUUGCUGAGGAACAGCCAGAGAACAGACAGUAAAAGUCUUGAAUUUGUUAAAGCUUGAACUACUGAUGAAAACACCUCCUCAGAGCCCAGGGCUGGAUUAGUAGAAAUUAGAGGGAAACGCUCCAAAGACAUUUUAAAAUUCAGGCAUCUAACGUUAGGUGCCUGAAGUACAUGGCUUAGUUUUCCAGAGAGUUAAACACUCUCCACUCCUGGUGAAGCCAGUUCAAGUUCGGGAAGCUCAGAACUCCAAAAAUUGGGCCAUUACAAUAUAAGUGUCUAAUUCUGAAAAUGGCGACCAUAGAUCUCUGGAGUCCAAAUUCCUCAAUGCCAGUAGAAGAUUAUUCCCUACCAUAUGUGUUUAACUUUCAAAGGUGAGCACAUGCCAUGACAUUUAAAGUCAAUGGAAACUCCAAGAAUAGGGACAUCACAUAUUUUUAAGGCACGUGCUGAAAAUUUUUUACAUCUGAGCAUGCGUUUUCAGCUAAGGGCAAGUUUUUUAUAGAUACAAUCAGAGUUUAUGACAGUAAAAGACUAUAAUAUUUAAUUAGUCUGGAUCAACGAAAUAAAAAUUUCUUCCAUAUAACUUUAUAUAUUUACUCACAAUAUUAAAUGUCAUCAUUAUACCAGGUACUUUUCAGAUUAAAACAAAUCAAACUGGUUAUCACUGAAUAAUUGGGGAUGUUAGGAAAUUGGGGAUGUUAGUAACUCCUUCCUGAAAACCUCAAAUCCUGUCUUCAGAGUUAGUCUCAUUUUAUUAUAAACUCUGAUUAUGAAUUAGCUGGUUUCUAUGAAACUUCCUUGUUUGCUUCAACUGGAGCAAUAUAUAACUCAGAAAAGGACUGAUCACAGCAGUCAAUUCAUCUCUUUCUCUCUCUCAUUGAAAUAAACCGGAGAGUUUUUAUUCAUGCGUAACCAUUGUAGGAUCAGGGUUACAGAUAACAAGUUAUUGUUAAUGUGAUCUAUGUUCUCCUAUCUCAGUUAUGUCUUUUGCCUUUUGUUCUUAAUAAAGGGUUUCAUUCCUCUCAUUGAAUAUUUUUGAGUAUUAAGCUCUGAGAGCUACAGUUCAAUAGAUGAUGGAUCAAUCCCAUGAAAAUAAUAAUAAUUUCAAUUAGUUGAAUAGUGAUAGAGAUGUAGCCGUGUUAGU